AUCAAUUGGAUUAUACGCCUGCAAAUAUAAAAUGAUGUAACUUAGAAAUCUCAACAUUAAAUAGAGUAGCUAUAAGAAAACGAUAUAUAUUUGAUUUCAAUCACCAGAAAUAACUACUACUUUAUAUGAUCUUAGGUCUCUCAAUCUAAUUUUCCAAUGGUUGUGGAAAUAUAUUUCAUAGUUAUAUGUCUACUCACUUUGAGUUUAGCUUUUCUCCUCACGAAAUUUCUCUCAAAAAGUAAAAUUAAAAAUGUUCCAAAAGGAUCUAUGGGAUAUCCUCUCAUUGGAGAGACAUAUGGUUUUCUUAAAGCACUGAGGCAAGACAAGGGCUCUGAGUGGUUAGAAGAAAGGGUAGCUAAAUAUGGUCCUGUCUUCAAAACUUCCAUAUUGGGUUCCCCUACUGUGUUUAUUAUUGGUCAACAGGGAAACAAGUUUGUUCUUGGUUCCUCACAUGAUGUUCUUUCUAGUAAGAAACCUCCAACACUUCAAAGGAUUUUUGGAAAACAAAGCCUACUUGAACUCACAGGAUCAAGGUUCAAGUUGGUUAAGGGGGAAAUGCUGAAAUUCUUGAAACCUGAAUGCCUUCAAAACUAUGUAGAAAAGAUGGAUGAAUUAGUGAAAACAGUAUUAUUGAGAGAAUUGAAAGAGAAUAAAACAAUUGAAGUUGUGAGGUUGAUGAAGAAACUGACCUAUGAUAUGGCUUGCAAUAUAUUGUUUGACAUAGAUGAACAAACAAGGGAGGUUUUGUAUGAAGAUUUUAUCUUAGCAUUUAAAGCAAUUCAUUCUCUUCCCAUCAAUUUCCCUGGAACCUCACUUUGGAAAGGCCUAAAGGCUAGAGAAAGAAUUGUGGACAAAAUACUUCCAAUUAUGAACAAAAGAAGGGAGGAAUUGUCAAAAGGAGUUCUAAGCUCUACUAACGAUAUGAUUUCAUGCCUUCUUGCAAUAAGGGAUGAAAAUAAUCAACCUUUAGAUGAAGAAAUGAUUGUUGGCACUUUUAUUUUUAUAUUUGUUGCAGGUCAUGACACAUCUGCUACUCUUAUGACCUUGAUGAUAUGGAAGUUAUCUAGAGAUCAAGAGGUUUACAAUAAUGUUUUAGAAGAACAAAUGGAAAUCAUAAAGCAAAGGGAAGGAAAUGAAGACAGGCUAACAUGGGGAGAGAUACAAAAUAUGAAAUACACAUGGAGAGUUGCUCAGGAGUUGAUGAGAAUGAUCCCUCCUUUGUUUGGGGCCUUUAGGAAAACAAUCGAAGAUACUAAUUACGAAGGAUAUGACAUACCAAAAGGGUGGCAGGUAUAUUGGGCAUCAUGUGGAACUCAUAUGAACAAAGAUAUAUUCGAGAAUCCUGAAAAGUUUGAUCCAUCUCGUUUUGAAAAUCGAACCAAGUCAAUUCCACCCUUUUCUUACAUCCCAUUUGGUGCAGGGCUUCACUAUUGCAUAGGAAAUGAGUUUGCUAGGGUUCAAACCUUAACCACUAUUCACAAUUUUGUGAAGACAUAUGAAUGGUCUCAAAUGAACCUAGAGGAAACAAUUACUCGUCGACCAAUGCCAUAUCCAUCCUUGGGUCUCCCAAUUAAGAUCAAACCUAGAUGCAAUAUGUCUUAAACUUUCUUGUUCUAUCUUAUAUGUUCUAUGCCCAGAUUUCCUAGACUCACAAAAUCCCACAUUUACCAUGUCAGUAACCGUUGUAUCGAGAUCGGACAAUACAUAUUUUAAAGUUGGAAUCUUAGAUUUUUUAAGAAAAGAAAUAAAAAACCUACUUGAAAUUUGCAUCAUCGAAUUUUGAUCAUACAAUCAUCGAGUAACUGCGUGAAUGCAUAGUUUUGACUAAUUACAUUGAAUCCAUGUUCAUGUACUAUGUAGUUGGUGUUGUUUCUUGUCAUGUCAUAUGUAAAAUGUUCCUUUUUUUUUUUUUGGAAAGAAUCAUGUAAGGAGUCAACAUAAGGGAAACCUAUAUUGUAUGUUGACUCUUCACGAGAAACCCUAUAUUGUUAACAUUGAUAUAUGGCUUCUAUGAAUUCAUAAUGUCUUUUGUGACUCAAUCAAGUAUUUGAAAUCAAAGUGUGUGCGCUUUUCAAAACA